AUGAUUGAUCCUUUCGAGGGUCGGGGUCUCCUUCGCCCACCUCUGAUCGGGGCCCCUCCGAUCGGGGGCCAGAUGGCCAAAGCGAGCCAAAGUCAUGCACAACGAAAGCGUCGCACCACGCACACCAAGUUGGACCCGGGACGAAUCGACGAGGGCUGCAGGGCGAGGACCGAGGCGAGCGAGACGCAGCGGAGAACAGAUGACGAUGAUCGGGUGGGCGUGGAAGUGCGGCAGACGAUAUGGACGAAGCGGACGGCUCGGCCAUCAGAGGCCGCGAGGCCAUCAGCAAGGCCGUCUUCGGAGGACGGGGGCCGGCCAGAGACGAUGAUGCGGAUGCUGCAAGCGCGAUACCCGGGGAUGACAGCGAGCCAACUGCCGUCGUUGACGGCGGCAUUCGUGCUGCUCCACGAGCUGACGGCGUUAGUCCCGAUGGUGGUGAUCUUCGGGAUCGUCCAGGUGACGGGCACGGGCGCCAGACUGGUCCAGGCCAUCCGCGACGCCCUUCCGCCCUCUCCCCCGUCCCCCCAAGACCCUCAUCAACACCCCGCGCCCUCAGAAAACACCUCCCUGGCUGCCUCCCUCUCCGCUGCUAUCGACAACAGCGCACUCAAAGUCUCCAAGAUCGCACACAAAUACGGCUACGACUCUGCUGAGGACGACGCGGGGGAGGACGACGACGAGGGCAAAUCGAUGCUCGAUAACGGGGUGCUCGCCAGCGGCUUGGUCGCCUAUCUUGCCGUCAAAGUUGCAUGA